CUCAUAUCCCAGGAGCAGCGGCGGCGCUGAGCCGGUGUGAGGUCGCUGUACUGCGCUGCGGGCCGCAGCAGGGAGCUGCGAGAUGGAGGUGACGGGGCUGACGGCCCCCACAGUGACCGUUUUCGUCAGCAGUUCCCUCAGUAAUUUCCGCAGUGAAAAGCGGUACAGUCGCAGCCUCACGAUCGCCGAGUUAAAGUGUAAACUGGAGUUGCUUGUGGGCAGCCCUGCUUCCUGCAUGGAACUGGAACUAUAUGGUGCUGACAACAAGUUCUACUGCAAGUUGGAACAGGAGGAUGCACUGCUGGGCUCCUACCCCGUAGAUGAUGGCUGCCGCAUCCAUGUCAUUGACCACAGUGGUGCUCACCUUGGGGAAUAUGAAGAUGUGUCCAGGGUGGAGAAAUACCAGCUCUCACAAGAAGCCUAUGACCAGAGGCAAGACACAGUUCGCUCCUUCCUGAAGCGCAGCAAGCUCGGCCGAUACAAUGAAGAGGAACGGGCACAGCAAGAAGCCGAGGCUGCCCAGCAACUCAUUGAGGAGAAGGCCCUAGCCAGUACCAUCCCUGUGGGCAGCCGCUGUGAGGUGCGGGCAUCCAAGCAGUCCCCUCGCCGGGGCACCGUCAUGUAUGUAGGACUCACAGAUUUCAAGCCUGGUUAUUGGAUUGGCGUCCGCUAUGAUGAACCAUUAGGGAAAAACGAUGGCAGUGUGAAUGGGAAACGCUACUUCGAAUGUCAGGCCAAGUACGGCGCCUUCGUCAAGCCAUCAGUUGUGACAGUGGGAGACUUUCCUGAGGAGGACUACGGGCUGGACGAGAUGUGAUGCCCCAGGAAGGCUUCCCUGUUCCAGCUCCUAACUCAGCCGCUCAUUGCCCCUCCCAGUGUGUGUGCCCAUGGCCAUCUCCUCCUGACCCCAUUUUAAUUUUAUUCAUCUUUGCCCUGCCAUUGAUUUUAUUUUAUUUUAGACUCAUACAUUAAAUGCAUCAAAAACCUGGGAAGUACA